AUGGCAAUAUUAGUGCGAAGUAGUGGCGAAUUUGCGGAUGCGUUAGAAGCGGCCUUGAUUUCCCCUAAAGUGUCCCUUAAGGCUCACACUGAGGUUGGUCACUGGUGAGAUUGGUAGGUCCUUGAAUAAAGAACUUGAUUGGACGAAGACUUUUUAGUCUACUUUCCCGUGCUAGAUGAGGGUCCUCGUCAGGGUUUAAUCAAGAAGCAAACACUUUCUUCAAAGAAAAACACGAUGAGGAAACGAGGAAAUAGUCGCAUUUUUGGAUUACAAGAUGAUCACAUGUUUCGCUUCCUUCUACUAAAAUCAGAACUAGUGACUUAUAAUCAUGACUUCCUCUUCUAAAACGCAGGUGCUCAUAGAGAAAUUUGGAACAUUUGCCAACUUUCGGCUCCAAGGAAUAGAUGCCGUGUCCGUAGACAAACCUUUACGGCCUCCACACGAUCGUUGAUACACUUUCCUUGGUUUACAUCAAGAUAAUGAACAGCAUGCUUUUUACAGAUAUUUAUACUAUAAUAGAUGUACUUUUUUACAAGCAAAGUGGCGUCAAUGUUGAUUGGAUUUGGGUAGCAAGAGAUCUUCUAGCUAACUGCUUGCUCUAGUUUCGCAGUUUCUUAGAAUACACGGUAGCGGUUGCGUCUGCAGCAAUUGCCUUAUACAUAUUUGAUAUUUAUACAACUUAAUAGCUGACUUCUACUACUUAAAGUAAAUUUACGCCACCUCCUGCUCCACCACCUCUAAGAUAGAUAUGCGGUGGCAAGAACGUGACGGAAAUGAUACUAGCCUCUCUGGUUCGCGGAGAAACAUCCUCCUCUUCGUCCUCGUUAGUCACUGGAGACGAAAGGCGUUCAGGGGCCAGACUUCUUGAGCUCCCAAGUGCCAAUAGCAUCUAAGGCUAGAAGUAAGUUUGAUGUCACUAUCUCAUGUAUCCAUAAAAGGGAUGAUACAAAGAGGGAGAGUCAGUUUCUUUUUCACAGGUAAAUGAAUGACAAUGAGUGUGUGAGGUACAUUCAGAAAAAUGAACAAAGAAAGGGAACAAUAUUUUUAAUCAAGGGGAACAACUCGUCACUUUCUUAAGAACCAGGCAGCAUGGUCGUGAGAAAUUAGCGCUAAUUUAUGCUGACUAGUACCCUCCCUACUAGUAUAUCCGGUGGUACCUCUACAGCGGGUAGAAGCAGAGAUGAAGUAGUUACGGCUUACCCCCCUCCAUCUUCUGAAGCAUCUUAGACCUGUUCCAUAAAGGGGAAAAUAGCUCCAAGAUGAAUCUCGCGAUGGAUUUGGGUGAGCGCUAAAGUAGAAGCCAUGACUGUGAUGGCGUCUUCGCGAAGCUCAAACAAAUACCAGCACAAGACUCCGGGAGAGCUCCUAGCUUUCGAAAUUGAUAGGCUGGGUGAACCAGACCGAGACUCUUUAUGGUGCUACUGCUCUUCAACAUUGAGAAAGAAGUCUGACACGAUCCACUAGUAGUGAAGAUGUCACUUAAUAUCAUAGUUCUCAUUCUCCUGAAGUGUGUGAAGAAGAUGUCCUCACUUAUUUUCUUGAUGAUAAAGGAGCAAUGUCGUUCUCCACCUAUGUAUAUAUUUAUAAGUAAGUAGGUCCACCUAUAAGUAGGUCGUUCUCAGUAACUUAAGUAGUCGCUCCACCCCAGUAACAUUGACAUUGAGAGCAACAGAACGGUGCUCUAUGUCAACGUGCUCAAUUACGUCGUUCGCCCUACUUUCAUGAUGAUAAAGGAGCAAUCCCACUGUCCACUUUUUGAGGAACUAGGUGGAGAUAAAUGAGAUAAACAUAAAUAAAUGAGCCUGCAACUAAACGUGGGGAAAAGGAACGACACGACUGCUCACUGAUGAUCCUUGAUUUUCUCAAUGUUGAGCUGUGGCACCUUUCAGACCUAUCGCAAAGAGCAGCCGCCAGAGGUUGGGGACAUGA